AUGGCGCUAUACGGGACCUAUAAUGCUCUGAUGUGUAGAGUGUUACCCAUCACUCUAAGAGGGCCGGCUCACGCGUGGUACGACGACUUGAAGACCGGAACGAUCGCGUCCUUUGACCAGCUCGUCAAUGACAUCGAGCUCCACUUCGUGGCCUAUGCAUGGCCGAAGCCUUCUGCGGCACUGCUCCUUGGACUCAAACAAAGGGAGGACGAGCCCCUCUCACAUUUUGUGGAUCACUUUGCCACACAAAUUCGGGGUUUGCCGAACACUCACCCCUCUCUGUUAGUGCAUGCGUUUAUGAUAGGCCUGCGAUCUUCCAAAUUCCUCUGGUCCCUCGCGGAGUGA